CUCCUCUUGAUGAAACAUGUGACUUGGGCUCUGGGUGCUGGGUUACAUGCUGCUUGAGUUUCAUGAAAGUAGAAACCUUGUCUGUCAGCACUAACUGUUGUUGAACGGACUUCAGCUGGACCACAAACAGCUAACAAAUGUACAGAGACAAUAAGGCGGUUCAGGCAGGUGUCAUGCAGUGCUCUCUGUUCAAGCUGCGUACCCAUCAGUGGUGCUUCCUCCUCUUCAAUGUGCUCCUCUUCCACGCCUUGUUGUUUGGCGCUGACUUCGUCGAGGAGUACCUCCUGCAGCCCACACCUGGGGUCUACACCGACGGCAUGGUUGUUGAAGUACGAGAGAGAGCAAGGAAACUAGACCUGAGUAAGGCCAGAGAGAACGUGUCCCAGAACUACCCCAUCGCUAACUCUGACACCUGCAGCAACUCUGAUCUCUUCCUCCUCGCUUUAGUCUUCAGCUCGACCACUAAUAGCACACAGAGAGAUGCAGUCAGAAGGACAUGGGCCAAUCAAACACUCAUCCAAGGCUUUCCUGUACGGGUUCUUUUCUUCUUGGGUUCAACUCAGACGUUCGCUGCACAGGAUACUCUUAAGUCAGAGUCUGACCGCUAUGGAGACAUAGUGCAGGGUCAUGCAGUUGCUGACUCUUCUGCCCGUGGCCCAACAGAAAGGACUGUUCUAGCACUGCGUUGGGCAAUCACCUUCUGUCCUGUAGCACGAUUUGUUCUACUGACCAAGGACUCUGCUUUCAUCAACCUCCCUGCCAUUGGAGGAUACCUUCUGGGGCUGCACAGACACCCCGAGGAUCUCUAUAUAGGCAGGGUGAUCCAAAGAGACUCCCCUGACAGGGAUCCUAACAGUCCUGGAUACCUCCCCCCAGCUCUCUACCCUAAUAAGUACCUGCCUGACUACUGUGACAGCACUGCGUACAUCCUCUCCCAGGAUGUGGUUCGAAAAGUGUACGUAGCAUCUGCAGCAGUCCGCGCACCUGUUCCAGCUGAUGUUUUUGUUGGUCUUUGUGCCCAGAAGGCGGGAGUGGCGCCGACCCACAGCGCUAGAUUCUCUGGGGACAAACAUAUUCGCUACAAUGCCUGCUGCUAUCACUAUCUGUUCAGCUCAGCAGGGAUGGGAAGCAGAGAACUGGACAGAGUGUGGGCAGACCUUGGGCAGAGGGGUAGUAGAUGCUCCAUGUUAAGGAUCUAUUAUGGUCUGGUGACCUGCAAGGCCCUGACAUACCUGGAUAAGCUGUCCUUUUUCAGCUCACAGGGCCAAGCUUAAUGGCUUGGUUCAUUUUGAGAGUGUGUGCAGUCAGUUUGGGUUCAAGACGACCAAAAACUGUCAGGAAGUAGGGUUUAAAUAAAGUUGCUGUAAUAUUUGUAGAUAGAAAAACUUUCUUUCUUCUUAGUUAAAGACCUCAGAAGUAUUCAAACUCAAUUUGCUGUGUUCAGAGUUUU